CUCUCCCAGUGCGCCCUCAUUUCCUCUCUCUUUCUCUCUCUCUCGCCACUCGAAACUUCCCUCGAUUUCGAGAUCCACUAUCGGAUCCCAACCCGAUAACCCGCUUACCCUAAAUCCGAAUGGACUGUCUUCUUUUCGUCUUUAACACCCGUAGAUAACAACUUCCCGUCAAAAUGCCUUCCCGAUCGUGUGCGAACCUUCUGGACCUGGCCGAAACGGGUGCGGGCUUUUCAAACCCGGUAACCCGAAGCCCGACCCGACUACCCCGCGUCAUGACCUUCCCCGGUAUCCUCACCGACGAGGACGCCAUCGCCGCCCAUCCCCCAGCAGAGCGCAGGAUCAUCGUCUCCAAUCACCUCCCUCUCAUCUCAUCCCGCGAUCCCGUCACCGGCCGGGUGGAAGCCUGGGACCCCGACGCCCUAACCCUCCAGCUCCGCUCCGGCCUCCCUUUCUCCGACGACGCUCCGCCCGUACACGUCGGCACUCUCCGCGCUGACGUGGACCCCGCUGACCAGGAUGACGUCACCGCUCUCCUAUACGACCGGUUCCGCUGCGUCCCGGUGUUCCUGACGCCGGAGACCCAUCAGAAGUUCUACCAUGGGUUCUGCAAGCACUACCUCUGGCCUCUCUUUCACUACCUCCUCCCUCUCUCUCUGGCCUCCCAUCGAUUCGAUCGGGAGCUCUUUCGGUCGUAUCUCUCGGCGAACAAGCUCUUCGCCGAUCGGAUCAUGGAGGUCCUCUCCCCCGAUGAUGAUUACGUCUGGAUCCAUGAUUACCAUCUCUUAGCUCUGCCCACUUUUUUGAGAAAACGGUCUCCAAGAAUCAAACUUGGGUUUUUUCUCCACUCCCCGUUUCCAUCGUCGGAGAUAUUCAAGACAAUUCCGGUGAGGGAGGAUAUCUUGCGGGCGCUGCUGAAUUCGGAUUUGAUCGGGUUCCAUACCUUCGAUUAUGCUCGGCAUUUCUUAUCUUGUUGCUCGAGGAUGCUGGGCUUGGACUAUGAAUCGAAGAGAGGGUACAUUGGGAUUGAAUACUAUGGGAGAACUGUGAGCAUCAAGAUUUUGCCGGUGGGUGUUGACAUGGGUCAGCUGAGAUCGGUGGUCUCGAUGAACGAGACGGAGGUUAAGGUGAAGGAAUUGGUUGAGAGGUUUAAAGGCAAGAUUUUGCUCCUGGGCUUGGAUGAUUUGGAUAUGUUUAAAGGGAUUGGGUUGAAGUUUUUGGCCAUGGAGCAGCUGUUGGAGGAGCACGAGGAGCUUAUUGGGCGGGCGGUUUUGGUUCAGAUCGCAAACCCGGCAAGGAGUCAGGGGAGGGAUGUGCAGGAGGUGCAGGAGGAGAUCAAUCUGAUAAUGGGUCGGAUCAACCGGAAGUUCGGGCGAACAGGGUAUGAUCCAAUUAUACUCAUUGAUCAGAAGAUUCCAACGUUUGAGAAGGUAGCUUAUUAUGCAGUAGCAGAGUGUUGUAUAGUGAAUCCAGUGAGAGAUGGGAUGAAUUUAGUUUCUUACGAGUAUACAGUCUGUAGACAAUGGAGCCCUGCUUUAGAGAACUCAGCAAAGAAGAGCAUGAUAGUGGUUUCGGAGUUUAUUGGGUGCUCUCCCUCUCUUAGUGGGGCGAUCCGGGUCAACCCCUGGAAUGUCGAUGCAGUAGCCGAGGCCAUUAACUCAGCGAUGACAAUGCCAGAAGCAGAGAAGCAAUUGAGACAUGAUAAGCAUUACAAGUAUGUGAGCUCUCAUGAUGUUGCAUAUUGGGCAAAAUCCUUUGAUCAGGACUUGCAGAGGGCCUGUAGAGAUCAUUACUUGAAGAGAUGUUGGGGUAUCGGAUUCGGGUUAAGCUUUCGGGUUGUGGCUUUGGGCCCGAAUUUUAGGAAGUUAUCAGUUGAGCAUAUUGUAUCUGCUUAUAGGAGGACGAAUAGUAGGUUGAUAUUGUUAGAUUAUGAUGGCACAGUGAUGCCAGAGUGUUCGAUUGAUAAGGCUCCGAGCGAGGAGGUUAUAUCGCUUCUUAAUGGGUUGUGUUCAGAUCCAAAGAAUGUUGUGUUCGUGGUUAGUGGUAGAGGGACUGAAUCUUUGAGUAAGUGGUUUGAUCCUUGUGAGAAAUUGGGGAUUUCUGCUGAGCAUGGAUACUUCACAAGAUGGAGUCGAGAUUCUCCAUGGGAAUCAUGCCAUUUAGCAGCUGACUUUGAUUGGAAGAAGAUUGCAGAACCAGUUAUGAAACACUAUACAGAAGCAACCGAUGGAUCCUAUAUUGAACACAAGGAAAGUGCGCUAGUUUGGCAUCAUCAAGAAGCUGAUCCAGAUUUCGGAUCAUGGCAAGCUAAAGAACUGCUCGAUCAUCUCGAAAAUGUGCUUGCCAACGAACCCGUUUCUGUCAAAAGGGGCCAACAUAUAGUUGAAGUGAAUCCUCAGGGAAUAAGCAAAGGUGUAGUUGUAGAAAAUCUCAUUUCUACAAUGUUGAGUAGAGGAAAAUCUCCUGAUUUCGUAUUGUGCAUUGGCGACGAUCGAUCUGAUGAGGAUAUGUUUGAGAGUAUUAUGAGUGCCGCGAAUAACCCAUCGAUGCCAUCAAUUGCUGAAGUUUUUGAUUGCACAGUUGGUAAGAAGCCAAGCAAAGCAAAGUAUUAUUUAGAUGACACAGUGGAUGUUAUCAAAAUGCUUCAGGGUUUGGCUAAUGCAUCAUUAGCUCAACCAGCAAAAAGACCAAAUCUUCAGGUUUCCUUCGAAGGGUCUCUUUGAAUUGAGCUAUAGAAUCCUAAUUCCUUAAUUGUUGAUAGCUAUAUGAAGAAGAUGAUGUAGAAAGAAAGAAGUAAAUUCUACAGAGUAAAGGCACAAGUGAUCAGAACUAGUUCAAAUUUAUACUGUAGAUGUCUUACAAUCACAUUGUAAAUACCUUUCGGAAAUGUUUGUUUGUUUUCUUGUGUUCUUUUGUAAACAUUUUACAGUUAUAUAUGAUUAUCCAUUCCAUGCCUUUUAUCAUUC